ACAAUCAUACUAAAUUGAAAGUUUUUAUUGUAUUUAUAAAAAUAAAUUUUCAAUGGCUUAUUUUCACUUAAAACAACAAUUUCAAUCAACCGAAGGAAUUUGUCUUAAUCUCUUACAGCUGUUUAUUUAUUUAAACUUAUUUUGUUUAUGUCAAACAAUCUAUCCAGUUCAUUCAUUAAAUACAUUAAGAAGUAGUUAUCCAACUGUAGAUGAUGUUACUAAUACCGAUGAUAUAUGGUUAUUAAAUGAUCAAAAUAAAAAGAAAACUAUGGAUCGACUUCGUGAAUUUAAUCGAUAUUUGAAUAGUAUUUUUUUACGUCAACAGUUUUAUCCUGAAGAAAAUGAGGAACCAUUUGAUCGUCGAAAAUUCUCUGUUCUAUCCAAUCAAAAUAAACGAGAUUAUUUAUUUUUGCGUGGCUAAUUCCUUUUUUUGGGGGGCAACAUUUUAAUAAAAUAGAAGAAAACUAUGAUAGAGUUAAUCAGAAAGAAAAAAGUAAAAAAAAAUCAGACGAUAAAUGUAUUUUAGAAAUAAACAAAAAUAAAUAAAUGUUACUUGUUAUUAGUUUAUUGAGUUAAAUAUAAAUUUGUCCAUGAUGAGUUCA